AUGACAGAAAAACUCGAGUCACUUUACAAGAAUCAGACUUGGGAUUUGGUGCAAUUACCUAAGGGUAAAAGGCAUACCUUCAUCCGUGUAUUGCUUUCCAUGGUUGUUCUAUUUGAUCUGGAGCUUGAGCAGCUUGAUGUGAAGACUGCAUUUUUGCAUGGCGAACUUGAGGAGACUAUCUACAUGUCUCAACCAGAGGGAUACUUCGUAGAAAGUAAAGAAGAUCAAGCUUACAGAUUGAAAAAAUCUUUGUAUGGCCUAAAGCAAUCUCCUAGACAGUGGUACAAGAGGUUUGAUAAUUUUAUGCUUAGUCAUGGGUACUCAAGAAAAUUCAAGUGGGACGAUGUGAAAGUUGAUAAGCACCGUGAGAAUUAUCUUGGUCAUAGUAUCAAGGCCCCUGUUGGCAGAUGGCAGAAAGGCAAAGACCUACACUGGUAUGCAAGGGAUAAAAAAUCUGCGGCAUCGGACGCUGAAGCAGCCAAAGAGGAGAUAAGAAGGAUAAAGGAAGAGGAAGAGCAGGCUAUGCGUGAGGCAUUGGGACUAGCUCCUAAGCGAUCUACACGGCCUCAAGGCAACAGGCUUGAUAAGCACGAGUAUGCAGAACUCGUGAAGAGAGGAUCUACUGCUGAGGAUCUUGGUGCUGGCCAUGCUGAAGCAGCUCAAGUUCAGGGCCUCGGCUUAUACAAGGUGCCUCGUGAACGUGCAGAAUCGAGUUCUACACAAAUGAAAUUAGAAGGCACGGCCCCUGAAGGAGAGGAGAGAGCCUCGAUUCCUAGAUCUCCAAAUGUCGGAAGUGAUGAAGAAGCUUCAGACGACGACGAUAGGAGGAGGAAGAAGAAGAGGAGACAUGAUGAAAGGAAAGAGGAGAAGAGAAAGGACAAGCGUGAAAAGAAAAGGUCACAUGAUUCAGAUGAUAGGAGGAAGCAUCGUAAGGAUAAGGAAAGGAGAAGGCAUGGUUCGGACUGAGAUUGGUUUUUGAAUAUCUUCUCUUUUGUACAAUAAUUUGAUUGUUGUUAGAGCUCAAAACGCAAGAAUUUCUCAAUACUGGAACUUUAUAUGCUCAGAUUUAUUGAGUGUUUAAAUUUCCUCUUAAAACUGAUGCCUUUGAUUGAGAAUUCUCAAUGUCGUUUCUGUGCUCUGAAAUUGACUUUGAUGUUGGACACAAUACUUGAUAAUUUUUGCUGUAUUGCCUGGAUUUGCGUUC